GUUCGAGAGACCAAACUUGUGAGAGAAAACAGAGAGUGCCGCUUGGGUUUCUCGAUCCCCAAAUGUUGAGAAGAAAACCCACAAAAAUCCAACUCAAAAUCGAAGAUCGCGAAGAGCUCGAACAAUACCGCAAAUCAGAACAACCCACCACCACCACCACCACCUCCUCCUCAUCCCUCCUUCACCUCAUCGACCCUAAACACCAAAACCCUCCUUCAAAAUCCGACCGCAUCGGCCUCUCCUCCUCCUAAUGGAAGUCGAAGUCAAGCUCCGCCUCCUCACCGCCGCCGCUCACCUCCGUCUCGCCACUCUCCUCGCUCCCUUCCACCUCAAAACCCUCCACCAGCGCAACCUCUUCUUCGACACCCCCCAAAACGAUCUCUCCCUCCGCCGCGCCGUCCUCCGUCUCCGCUUCCUCGGGAACAACACACCUUCUCCGCCGACGAGCUGCAUCCUCUCUCUGAAGGCGAAACCGACGCUGGCCAACGGGAUCAGCCGCGUGGAGGAAGACGAGGAGGAGAUCGACGCCGGGUUGGCGAAAGAGUGCGUGGAUUCGCCGUGUAAGCUGUCGGAUCUGGGAUCUAGGGUUUUGAAUAGGGUUAGAGAGGAGUACGGGUUUAAAGACUUCUCGGGGUUUGUUUGUCUCGGUGGGUUCGAGAAUGUGAGGAACGUGUACGAGUGGAGGGGCGUGAAACUCGAGGUUGAUGAGACCAAGUUUGAUUUUGGGAACUGCUAUGAGGUUGAAUGCGAGACCGAGGAACCUGAACGUGUCAAGUCUAUGAUCGCUGAGUUUCUCUCUGAGAACAAUGUUGAAUUUAAGGAUUCGGAUAUGACCAAGUUUGCUGUUUUCCGUUCCGGAAAGCUUCCUUGAUGGUGGAGUAUCUGAGAUUGAAGAAAUGGUGCAUCUUAUGGUUAUGAGUUCACGGAUUUUGGUCACCAGCAUGAUCAAGUUGUAUUUGAUUACUAUAAAGUUUUACUAUUGAUUUGGAUGAUCUUAGUUUACACUAUUUAUUAAGGCCAUUUGCAUCGCGUCUUGUUUACUA